ACAGCGUCGAGAUGAGCAUGUGGCUGCCUAAGAAGACCCACCUGCUGGGGUGGGCGGAGUCUUUACGCAGGAGUGGGGCGGAGCUUCCCGUGGACUUUGACCAGCGCGUCGACCUCAUGACCCAGAAGUGGAACCAGCUGCAGAAGAUCCUGGCGGAGCAUUCUGGGAGCUGUAGUCCGUUGCAGGACCCCCGUGUGGCCUUGUCGCCCCAGACCAACUGCAUGGUGAGGCAGCUGGAAGAUCGCAUCAAGGAGCUGAAGGGCUGGCUGAGGGACACGGAGCUGCUCAUCUUCAACACCUGUCUGAGGCAGGACACACAGCCGCAGGCCAGCACGCAGCUCCAGAACUUCAAGUCCUUGUGUCUGGAGGUGCGAGGCCGGCGUAAGGGCGUGGCAUCUGUGCUGAGAUUGUGCCAAAGGCUGCUGGAGCAGGGCGAACAGCACAGGGAGGCCCUCCAGGUGGGCCCAGUCGCGCAGCUGCACCAGGGGGCCCUCCAGAUGGGUCCAGAAGCAGAGCAGCACCAGGAGGCCCUUCAGCUGCUGGCUAUCAACCUCGAGCGUCGCUGGGAGGCCAUCGUCAUGCAGGCGCUGCAGUGGCAGACACGCCUGAAGAGGGUCCUGGGGCCUGAACAGGUUCCAGGGAACUUUCUAGAACCUGCUCUGAUGGACCUUCACGGUGCUCCCCCUGAGGACUCCUGGGAAUGGGACGAGAUGGACAUGACCAUCGCCGACACCCACGACAGCCACACACACACCCCUGACCUGGACUCGGACACCCACGGUCCACAGCCCUCAGGUUUAGGUCACUGUCACCCUCUCCACCCCUCCACCCGGGCGGGGGACUCGGUGAUGGUCCCUCCUCCGUCCUCUCAUCAUCCAGUCAACACUGUCUAUCAAGUUUACAGCGUCCAUAACAUCGAGCUCUACUGCCAGCCCCACUUUCCUUCCCCUCUCCCCAAGACCCUCAGCCACGAGGCCCACAGGAAGCAGACCCUCAGCCACGAGGCCCACAGGAAGCAGACCCUCAGCCACGAGGCCCACAGGAAGCAGACCCUCAGCCACGAGGCCCACAGGAAGCAGACCCUCAGCCACGAGGCCCACAGGAAGCAGACCCUCCUGAAGAGCCUGAGCAAAGACUCCUCCUUCUCCUCGGUGGAGUCUCUGCCCGACCUGCUGGGGGCGCAGAGGGGCCGUCAGGGCCCUCGGGGCGGCGACUCAGCCCGGCGAUCGGAGAGCGAGAGCGGGAUCGUCAGCGAGGGAGACACGGAGACCACAGCCAACUCUGAGACCUGCCAGCUGGAGGAGAUGGAGGGAGAGGGGGAGGGGGAGGGGGAGGGGGAGGAGGGGAGGGGCAGCCACCUCUCUCCCCCCCGGGGGUCAGACUCCCCCUCGGAGGACCGGGUGUGUGACGAGGAUAUUGAUAGGAUACUGGAACGAGCCAAUCAGUGCGCCCUGUACGGAGACUGCGUGGUGCUGAAGAGAGACCCGAGGUCUAAAUCAGGAAGGAAGAGAAGAGAGGACAGCGAGAGAGAGAUGAGACGAAAGAGAGAGAACAGAGAGAACAGGAAGAAUCGGGACGAGAGCGAAGAGGCGAGGAGAAAGAAAGAGCAGGUCGAGAUGAGAAGGAAGCACCAGAGAGACACAGUGGAGAUCCUAGUGAACGGGCACGGCUUCACCCCUGACUCUGACUCCGAGGGGGGCUUUGGCUCUGACGGAGCCUCCAUCCCCGGUGGAGACAAGCAGGAGGGAGGGGUCACCAGCGGGCAAAAAAAGAGCCUCCGCCACCGAGUCUUCUCCCCCCUCCCCCUGCUGUCCCAGGGGUCCUCUCUGGAGUCUCUGUUCACAGCAGGGGAACUGUUCCCGGCAGGCAAAGACCCUCUGCCACGCAGCAUCUCCCUGGAGAGCUGGCUGGCCCCUGGUAGGAGUGGGGAGGAGAUGGGCAGCCAGGGCAGUCUGGGGGAGCUGGGGCCGGGGGAACCAGGCAAGCCUGGGGAGGCGGGAGGCCCGGCCCCCGCUCCGGGAGGGGAGGCGGCCGGGGAGCUGAGCCGCCGCACCCUGGAGCUCCUGCGUCGCCUGGAGGACAUCCAGAGCCCCCUGGCCCAGAAUAUGACCCGCAGCAUCUCUGACAUCACCCUGCAGGGCUGCUCCCUGCGUCCGCCGGCCCCGGGGGGGCGCGCGGGCCCCCGCGGCCCCCCCUCCUCCGUCAACGAGAGCUCGGCCGCCUCCCUGACGGAGCUGAGCAGCGCCGAGGAGUCCUCCGCCGCGUCCGAGGACCUAGCCCUCCUGAAGAGCCGCCUCUUCCCCGACACCAACGCCUCCUUCAGGAAGCGGUGCCAGCGCGCCGGCGCGGCGCCCGACGAGACGGACGCCAGCGUCAGCAUGGUGGUCAACGUGUCCUGCGCCUCGGCCUGCACCGAUGACGAAGACGACAGCGACCUCCUCUCCAGCUCCACCCCCACGCUCACCGAGGAGGAGCUGGGGGGGCGGGAGGGGGAGGAGUCUAACAUGACCUCCGAGGAGGAGGAGGACGAGGACGAGGAGGAGGAAGAGGAAGGCACGGAGGAGUCCUUCGCCCUGGGGCUGGAGUACAUGAGGAACGAGCUGCAGAGCUGGAUCAAACCUCGACCUCCCUCCUCCUCUUGCUCGCCCGCUGCCAGGGAGAGAGGGGAGGCCGACCUGGGGGACGAGCUCCAGUGCGGGACGUCGUCCCGGGAGAACGCGUCGUCCCCCGCGGGCGACCGCCGCUUCCUCGGCGGCGCCGCACUGAAGCUUCUGGAAACCAACGCCAACGUGCGGAGCGAGCGCGUGCAGAAGCAGCCCCGGGAGGGGGAGGUGGAGGUGGAGGCCAACAGGAGGAACGCCACGCGCAGCUACAUCAGCCGGCUGGUGGACGACAUGGAGAACGGCAACGUGGAUCAGUCCCAGCUGAAGAGGAAGGACGAGGAGGACGAACUGCUGAUGAGAGAGGAGGGGAGUCUUUACACCAGGACGGGCGAGGCCUGCAAGGACUCCGUGGGCGGGGACUCCAGGAACGCGGCCGCCAUGAUGACCACGUGCUCCGCCUCCCCUUCCUGCGAGCUCCUCCCCCUUGAGAACAAGCAGGCCUCGUUGGAAAGCCAGCUGAGGGGCGAGAUCCCGUGUCACAGCUCCUCCCACCCGUCCCCCUCCCUCUCCCCCGUGGAAGACUGCAGAUCCCAUCAUGCACUGCUCCGAGGUGGGGGCCGACAGUCGAUCAACAGUCAGGAGACCUUCUCGUCCUUCCUGAGGGAGGAGAGUCGUAGACAGCCCGCCUCCUACGCCCUCGGCCACGCCCACCCCCGAGGACGGCCCUCCUGCUGUGGACACGCCCCCUCGUCCUCCGACUCCCCCGGCGGGCAGAAGAAGGGGGAGAACGUCCACAACUUUGUCAUGGAGAUCAUCGACAUGACAACCGUCGCCCUGAGGAACAAGGAGAACCAAUCCGAGCAGCAGGGAUUAGAGGAAGGAGGAGGGUCCAGCCCACCUCCCCUCAGCUCAGCACAGCUGGCCCAGAUCAGAGACAAGGUGCUGGAGCACUCCCACAGGCCUAUCCAGCUACGCAAGGGAGACUUCUACUCCUACCUGUCCCUCUCCUCGCAUGACAGUGACUGUGGAGAGGUCAGCACCUGCCAGGAAAGCAAGAACAACACCCCUCUCCUCUCCAACACCCCCGACCUCCCCCCUGCCAUCUCCCCCUCCCCAGACCUGCCCCCGCCCCUCUCUCCCACCCUGGACCUUCAGGACCAGGAGCUGCUGUUUGAGGCCUGCACAGAGGAGGUGUACCUGGGCCCCCCGCUGUGCUACAGCAUGGUCCUCACCAAGAGGCCCCGCAGACGGCCCAGUCCCAACCUCACCGACAGCUUCCUCUCCUGUCACCUAGGGCCCAGUCCCAUACCAACAGAAACCUUCCUCUGCGACAAUCGAGGGCCCCGUCCGCAGCCAACAGCAAGCCCAGACUCCUAUCUCCUGGGGCCUUGUCCCUCAGCAGGUGCCCGGCCCGUCCUCUCCCCUGCCCAGAGCGCGGAAGCAGCAUACCAAGGCCUCGCCCGCACUGCCGUCUCUCCGGGAAACCCGACCGGUAGCCUGGCGGCGCCGAGUCGUAAUGAGCCCGCCUCUUAUCUUAAUCCCUCACGGUGUGAAAGCCAGAUAGACACUGUUGAAUGUUUUGCAGAUUCUAAAACGCUUGAAUCCAAUAUUGCUCCUGUAAUGACCAAGAUAAGCAUCUCUUGCUCCAGUACAAAUCCUUUAAAGGAGGCAGGCUGCGCCAGUAUUAAUCCUAAAAUUAACUCUGCGGCGAUGAGAGGGUGCGAUAGCGGCGAGACAGGCUCUGCAGCUCUGUGGAUGAAACAGAGGAAUGUCAGGAAUGGCCGCAACUCGCUGCAGGAUGCAAAGGCCACUCAGAAACAGGCUCCAAGGUCAGGUGUAGGCAGCGUGGAGGGUACCAGGGGACCUCAGGGUGGCAGCCAUGUCACUGACAGAUCAUCUGCCUCCAGCAGGCCCCAAGUCAGGAGGCUGUCAGAGACCGUGGCUCCAGUCCCUGCCGCAGCCCAGCUGUGAGGCUGUGGCAGCCCAGCCCGAGGGCCUGUCCUGUUUGCUCUCCUCUCACGCUGCAUGGCUCUCCCCUCCUGGAUGUCCCCAGGACCUAAUCAAGGACCAUCUCAUCCCCUCCACUGUACAUGCUGACCUGGGCCAUAGGAGAGAAAAAAAACCAACAUCAUCGGACUCCAUGGCUUCUCCUUCUGGCCUUGUUCUAAGCUUCCCACUUACUGUGCUCUUCCUGUUUCUGAC